UGGAGGCGAGAUUUCAUCACCGCUAGUGUUCGAUAGUUCCCAGCAAUCCGAGCAUGCACCCCAGACUAGACCCAAAAUAACUAAAUCUGACGCCCAAACUCAAACCGCCGACAAUUAUAUUUGCAUUGAGAUUCCGGAAAUGAAGACGUGGGAAACUAAUAUUGAGAGAAUCCACGCACUAGUACGGAACUGUGAUAAGUGUAAUUGGGUGGAGCCUGAAGCUGUGAUGAUAUACAAAGCCAUAAAACGAUUAUUGGAACAAAAGAGAGAACAACAACUCUACGCUGGCGUGGAUUCCGAUUCGUCGACGGACAGGCUGGUAUAUCCGUCGGCCGGUAUCCUGGCGGAAUUAGCCAAUCAACCAGGAACACCAGGUCAACCCUCAGGAUUGAUGGCUGGAAGGUUGGAUGAGGUGAAGGCAUCAGACGAGAUAUUACUGGCAGGUGGAAUUGGUGGUGUGAGAACAGCUGGUAUGGACACACCACCAGCAACACUGAUAGCACCUGCAUUCAUGUCGACUCCAGGGGCACCCACAGCACCGGAUGAUCGUCGUUCAGGAAAGCCAUCCGAAGGUGUGGGAGAUGGUAUUUCGAAACAGCCCCCUACACCCGCGCAGUUCGCGCAAGUGAUAGAGAAACCGUCUGAGGAGAUCGUGGGAGGAAUUACGAGCGGAAUAAUUCCUCAGAAGACACCUACCACGCCCCAGAUCAUAAUACCACCAAAACCCGCAAGUGGAUCAAUUGGGAGCGGAUUCCUAGACCCUGAGGAUUCUUACCUACUUUUGGACAAUCUGAGAUUAAGUCAAGAUAUACCCAGGGAAUUGGUGGAGGCAGUAUCGAGGCAAGAGUCGAAAUUAAUGGUUCGGAGGGUGGAGGAGUUGAAGGCGUCGGAGGAGAGAUUCAGUGGUAGAAGUAGCAGAACGAGCAGAGGUAAUCUUUCUGCACCAUCAGGAACUUUGAUGUCACCUGGGCCAAUGUCGGGUUCUGUAAUACCCAGGCGCUCGGUUGGUGUGUUUUCCAGAAAGCCAUCGGCUUUGGCAAUGGCAGCGUCAGUGGAGCCUUCCAUUGUACAAACGAGUGAUGCGUUGUCACAUGGUGGGAUUUCUGAGGCUAGGAUAGAGCAGGCUUUGAUGCAGCCAUCUCCUUCGGCUGGAAUACCGAUAAUCGUGGAACCAGGGGGCCUGAUUGGUGGUCCUUCAGAGAAGUCUUCAGCUUUGGCAACUGCUGCGUCUGUGGAGCCCUCCACUGCACAGAUGAGUGGAGUGUUAUCAUCUGGUGUGAUACAGCCAUCAUCUUCCGAAGUUCGGAUUCCACAAGUGAUGCAGACAAUACCGGUCACAGGGUCUGAAGUCGUGGAGAAAAGUGGUCCUCAGGAGAAAGCCGACGAGCUAAUUGAUUCGAGAACAGAAGUGAGCAAACCCAGUGAAGCCAUUCAUCCUGCGAGGAUUGAUGCUGUUGCUUCGAGAGAUGCAGAUGAAACCCCGAGCGAUCGAAGUCGAUCGGAUAUGAGAAUGCGAUUGAAAUCUGCAGAGGCUAUUGACGCAGGAAGUGUACCGCAGAUUGAAAUACAGGUUAACGUUCCGGAUAGGGAGAGAAAAGAAGCUGAUGAGAACGAACUCGUGGUCAUUCCUGGACAAGAGGAAGUUAUUCAAGACCAAAAUGUAAUUAAUGAUGAUGAAGCGCUGGCGAGAAGGGAGGACAGAGAAAUAGCAGAGGAGAGGGAAGCUCAGAGAAUUGCGGGAGAAAUGAUUGAUGAAGGAAGACCAGGUCCAGCUGUUAGAACUGAUGAAGCAGAAGGAAGGAUUCGGGAUGAGGGGAGAGUGGACGAAGACAAUUUCGAAAGGGAAGGACCUGUGGCUGUUGCGGGAAUUCCGGAGAGGGAAGCUACUUUGGCUGACGAGAGGGGUCAACUUCAGAGGGAAAUACCAAGAUCGAGAGGGGAUUUAGUGCCCGGUGGUGUUCUCUGUGGUGCUGAUGAUUCGAGGGGAAGAGUCGAUGGGGGAUAUAAAUGUCCAGUUACUGCUCAACUUUCGUCUUGUAUCUGUCACGCAUUACGUAGGUGGCCGAGAAUGACGAGAAAAGAAUACCAGGAAUCCAGGGAAGCUGUAACAAAAAUUCCAACGGAAAGGCGAGAGCAAAGGAAAACCACUGGUACAAAGGCGGUAUCGAGUGCAACUGUCGAGUCCAUUCAGAUUCAGACGAAUGUACGGAGAAUCAACGAAGUACCGGAUGUACCGUCUGAGACGAGUGGUGAUGUCUGUGAUCCAUGCGAAUGCGAUCCUUGUGCGUCUGUCAGUUCGACAAGUACUGAAAAUCCUAUUGAAUCGGUCCGACCGACUGUGGAGACGAGGGACUACGGAGUCAUGGCGAAAAUCUACAGAUCUAGACGAUAAAUAUCCGAGAGAUUUCACUAAAUUUACCCCCCAUUUUUGUCAAGGGCUUGAGGAUCAUUUUCUUAAAACGGAAAUUCAAGUGGAAAAUUGCGCGGAAUAUUAUGGCUUUUUUUUAUUUAAUUUUUUGGUAAGGAUUCUGGAAUUCAUUUACCGUGGGGCAAAUUUUAUUGAAUAGUUCUCUCUAUGGAAUGGCUUUGAGGUUGAGAAUAAAUUCCGGUACUGAUUUCCAUCGGUUGUUCGGAGUCGAUCGAAUUAUUAUGGCUUUUUCGAUGCGCGAGUGGAAUUUAGGGUGAAAAUUUUCACGGGAGAUAAAGUUGAUAAAUAAUGAGGGUCAAAAGUGAAAUUGUGAAUUUUUAGCGGAAGACCACGGAAAUUUCGUGAUUUAAU